AUGACAAUUGGGAGGGGAGUCACUGACCUAAAAGAUGUUCUCUGGAGCGGUUCGUUGACAUUCAAGCACGCGCUUUCAACUUCAGCUGCAAAUGUUGAUGAGAAUGCAUCUGUUAAAAAGUAUGCGAGCUACACUGUGUUCAAGGGAAAGGCUGCACUUUCUAUAAGUCCUAUCCUUCCUUUAUUCACCAAAGUUGAAUCUGGAGGAUCUCGAGUGGACAGGAAUGGGUCAGUAAUGUUGACCUUUUUCCCGGCAGUUGGACAAAGGAAGUACGACUAUACAAAGAAACAGCUCUUUGCUCUGUCACCUACUGAAGUUGGGAGCUUGAUAAGUCUUGGGCCUGCUGAAUCAUGUGAAUUUUUCCAUGAUCCUUCCAUGAAAUCAAGCACACUGUACAGAGCUAUUAUAUUUUCUUUGUCCACUACUAUCUCUAAGACCAACGAACGCCUUUCAGUCCCUGUAACAAAAGCUGAAUUUGCAGUUAUGCGCACGGCAUUGAGUUUUGCAUUGCCGCAUAUCAUGGGUUGGGACCAGGCCCUAUCGACUCACCCUCAAAGCACCUCGACCUCAGCUAGCAAGCCUAGGUUCGAGCGGCCAAAUCCAGCUUCGGAGUGGGACAGGGAACUCUCAGAUUUUAUGGUACCCAAGGAGAUUGAAGUUAGGAUGAAAAGCACCAUGAAACCUCUUGUGUCUGUUCAGUGCACGUGUAGAUUCAUGGCGAAUGUCUAUUCUAGAUUAAGCUAUAACUUGCGUUUGAUGUCCUCAGUGGCUGUUCAAUCCUGUGGACUGUGCAAAGAACCACAAAGAACCAGGACAGGCUACACACAAAGAAUUGGUUACAAUCCAGCGGAGACCAACCCAUGCAGUGUAAUGAUCCCAGACACGACGUUUUUGUCAUCGACGACAGGCAGGAACUGCACAGGUGAAGGGGGCGACUCCAUCUUCUCCAUGGCUUCAACGGCCAUUGCAUCCGCAGUGAUUGUCCUUGGGUUCCUGAAAGAGGUCAAGCAGGCCUGUUAG